UCGGUCGAGCCAUACGAAGAGACGAGCACGGUUGGUUUCAGUUUACGUCAGCGCUUCGUUCGUGGAAGGUGAACUUGUUCGGUUGGUCCUCGCGCGCGAUGUGGGCUUGAGUUUCGGACCAGAGUGGAGUGUGAAGAUUCUGCUUUUUGUGGCAGACGGACUGUGGAAAAGGUGUUCUUUUGGUUGUGGUCGUUCAGCUGGCUGCCUGGGUAGAUGUUCAAGAGGCUUCACAGCAUCCAAGUGGAUUUGUAGGUUUUUUUUUCUUGCUCCCGCCGUGUCGUUGCGGUCCAGCUCCGGUCGACUGUUGUUAUUGCUGGUUGGUGAAGCCUGCGGAAGAAUAGUUGCAUGGUAUUGGUGUGACAACGUUGCUCGGUGAAGAGGAAAAAAUGCACGAAUUCUUGUUUUGAUAGUUCCAAAUAGACUUGGAGUGAGUAGAAAGCUGCUGAAUUUACAGUUAUAGAUCGGUCCUACUGGCUGAGGGUGCAUUAAAUUGAACGGAUUUGGCGAACUUCUUGCGCGAUUAAUCCCGUACGGGAAGUGUUGUUUGAUCUGGAAGAAAAAGCUUAAUUCGGUGCGCUUCCCUUGUGGUGGUGAUAAGUUAGAGGUGAUAUUGACCCGAUCCAGGAAAAGUACAGCGCGGUUUGCCAUCCACUGACAACGUUCACGGGACAAUCCACAACCAGUUUUGAUUUCUUUGUUAUUGUUUUGACGAGUUGCACUGAGAUUGCACGCGGAAAAUAUUAGUCGAAAAAACGUCAAAGUUGAAUUUAAUCAAACAAAAGGCCCAUUCUAGACGAUCUGUUUUCCAUUGUUGUACAUAUCUCGAGCGAGCGGGUGAAAUGUGAAAGGCGAAAUGUCAAGUGUAUCAAAGCAGAAGUGAAAAGAAGAUCUACAGUUUGGUUUUAUUUUUGUUCCCGCAAUCCUUAAAACCGCGGUUUUUAUUUAUAUUGUGUUGUAUAGCUUGAUUUGCUUCAUAAGUUUCCUCGGUUUAUUUGGCAUUGUUUCGAGGUUGCGCAAAACCUCAAAAAAGUGAAAGAAAUACGGGUUGCACUAAUGAGAAAAAUAAAAUUAAAGGUAAUUUGAAGUGAUUCCGCUUGCGGUUCGUCCUGCCAUCAGUUCGACUGAGCGCACGAAACGUAAUUCGUCUUUCCCACGGCGGAGAACCACCGAAAGAAGAAGAAGAAGAGGAAGCACGUAGGCGAAAAAGAGUGAAUGUUGUUUUAAAAGCGAUUAAGGAUUACAACGAAACCGUUGGAAGUAGCACGUAGAGAAAGCAACGAAUCUCCGAAGAAGAAGAAAAAGGUGUACGCGUGAAAGUGAAUCGUUAUUGUGUGUUUGUUUAGAAAACCUGCCAUUCUGCGGAAAAGCAAUAAAAGAUAUUUUACCUUUGUGCUUGCGGAAACUCAAGAAAGAACAAUCCGUCAAAGCGGCUGAACGAGCGAGCACCGGUGGAUACGAGGAAUCCCGAAGACGUGUCGUCCGAUCAAUAAAUUGCAGCGCCAUCAAUGCAGUACUAUCAUCUGCUUUCCUAGAUCCAAACGAAGGGAAUAAGUUUGGUUUACGACUAUCCGACUAGUGGCUUGUGGUGAAACAAAGCAGCAUCAAGGGUUUCGUCGAGAGAAAACCAAGUGAUGUGAAAUGUAAAUACGAGAGCCUUUCCGAACGGAACCGCAAAGUGCAGUGGAGAAGAAGCAUCCGAAACCGACCCUGGCCAGGCCGCGUGAGGUCGAUCAAAGUAACUUUAAUGACCGGUUACUGGUGCACGAGCUGGGCAUGAUGUAGCGCCCCGCGAUGAUAGACCGGCGAAGGACAGUUUUGAUCAUUAAACGUUAACUUCUUGCACGCUAAACACGAAAGACAUAAGCACGGAACAGCAGCAAACGAGCAGCAUGGCGGUCAGUAAUAUCGUUUGCGAGUGGCUGCGUGCACUCGGACUCGGCCAGUACGCCGAGAGCUUCCUGGACAACGGGUAUGAUGAUCUGGAGAUUUGCAAGCAGGUUGGCGAUCCGGAUCUGGACGCAAUCGGAGUGCAGAAUCCGCAGCACCGCAGCAAGCUGCUGAAAAGCGUGCGGUUGCUGCGGGAAAAGGGCGCUGCCAGCGUAUACUUUCAGCUGAACGAUCCCAAGUCGCUCCUGUCGGAUAACAGUGACAGCCUGGAGCGGGACAGUUCGCCGCUGAUGCUCAGCGAGCUGGAAGCCCUGCUGGCGGAGCAGCUGAAGGCGGACGGCGUUUGCUUGACGGCGCAUCCUUACUCGACACCGGACGGUGGCCGAGGGCACCUGGAAGGAUUGGCGUCGGUCUACUGCGAGAUGCUGCUGGCGCCGUUCGGCGAGGUGCUCGCCGCUCUGGAAGAUGCCCGGCUGCGGGUGUGGUCCGAGCGGAGUCCGCACAGUUCUUCCGGCGGUAGUGGGGUGCAUCGGGCUGGCCACCGGGGGAACUCUUGUCACGGAGGACUGCCCAACAGUCACAGCCAGCCGAUAUACGUUCCAGGAAAGUACUCGCCAUCCAGCUGUCUGUCCGAUAAGGAGGAGGACGAAAUUUAUGGCUUCGGCUACGGUGUAUUUGCCCCGAGGGUGGCCAGAACGACACUGCAGCAGCACCAGCAACAACAGCAACAGUCCCAGCAAAACCAACAGCAACAAUCACAAACCUCCACCAAUGUACCUGCGAACAGUGCUGCCGUACAGCAAAGCUGUCUCAGUCCACGUUCGGCAUACUUUUACGAAUUUCCACCCACAGACGGUCGAGAGACGAGCAAAAAGCGUACGACGCUGGCACGACUUUUGAGAGGAUUAAAGACUGUUAAUAGACGUGAUAGAUCAAACCCAAAUAAUGGCAGCGGCACAAGCGCACCGAGCAGCGUCGGCACUGCGACGCAGGCAAGGCCGCAGAACGAAAGACUGAGACAUUUUCAAAUGAACGGCGGUGGACCGCAGCCAAGUUUCGAGGAAACCAUUCAGAGGCUAAAAAUUCAAGAAGCACUUAGGAAAAAGGAAAAGUUUCAACGGGAACACGAAGAGAUUCUUCGAGACAUCCGACAAGGACUGCUGCAGCUGAACCGUGAUUCUAGAGACGACACCUACAUGUAUGACGAUGCAGUUACCAGCGUGAUGCGUAUGCCCCACCAGGGACAUUGGUACGACGAACCCCCCUACGAAAGUGAUCCAGACGAUUUCCUAAUGUCUGGGAUACGACAAGCAGGAGGCCCGUCCGCAACGAUACAGGAUGGACGCGUUUGCUAUACCUCGAAUGGUCGCGAAGGUCAAGGAGUGAUAUCGCUGCGAUCUGCCGGUGACAUCUCGAUACCCCAGCGAGGCCCCAUCCGGCGGGGACUGAUAGUGCCGCAGAAGCCACCGAACCCACCGACCAUCAUUCCACUGAAGCACGCUAGAUCCCACGACCGGGAAAGCGGAGACUACGCCGGAUCAAUAUCGGAUCUGCACAGUGUUACCUCUCGUCUCAGCCAGGUUUCGAUUGGCACAAAUAAUUGCACUGCCCGUUAUCGCACCCUGAGCGGUGGCCUGGGCGACGAGUCACCAUCGCCCUCACCGACGCCGUCCUCGGAGUACGACGACAUCCUGCUGCAGAAGCAGCUACAGCUCAAAGUGGACCAGCAGCAGAAUGGCGGCGGAGGAAGUUCCGUUGGCAGUGGCCACAGUGGGACCGGUGGUCUGCCCUUGUCCGGAGGGAGUAAUGGCUCCGGUGGUGGAAACAGUGGCAGUGGCAGCGGAGGUGGUGGCGGAGGAGGAAGUGGAGGAGGACUGGGAGUCGGUGGUGGCGGCAGUAGUACAAAGAAUGGAGUCAAUAAUCUCAAGAACCUGAAGGCGGCAAAGAAUCGGAACAAUCUAUCAUCGUCUUUGGCGCUGGCGGCUUCGCACAAUAAAAACUUAACGAUAAGUCAACAGAUAGCUUUAGUACAUCAUUCCAGUGACACUAGGACAUCGCCAAAGGACCAUUUACUGAACUCCGGCAACCGGAAUAAUAGGGAUUAUAGUAACUGUCUCGAUAGUAUCAGCGACCAGACGACGUUCCAGCAUUCGGCCAGUUCGGUGGAGAGCUUGCCCAGUGCAUCCGGAUCCAGCACUCAGGCACUGGUCCGACCUGGAAGUCCUCACAGUUCCCUUUCGGCGGAGGACCGCACAACCGUUAUUCCCAUCUGCCGGGCGAUCGCACUGAUCGAUAGCAAUCCAAACCCGUACGACAAGGAAGCACUCAGGUUCAAGAAAGGUGACAUCAUAGACGUCCUUUCGAUGAACGCGUCCGGUGUGUGGCGAGGCUACGCAAACGGUCGUCUUGGGCACUUCAAGUUCAUUAGCGUGGAAGUGUUGCCGGACCAUCCUGUCAAACCGUACGCCUCCGGCAAGCUGCUCAGUCGAAACCGGCUACCGACAAGCUGCCCGACCAGCGUCGAAGAACUGCUGCUACGGAUAGGGCUGAAGGAGUACACUUCGGUGUUUGUGUUGAACGGGUAUGAAGAUUUGGAGCUGUUCAAGGAACUUGAACCUUCCGAUUUGGAUUAUCUGGGCAUCGGGAACACGGAGCACCGGGCCAAACUGCUGGCGGCUGUACAGCUUUUGCACGAUUUGGACUCCACCUCGGACGGGGAAGUGGCCGGUUCGAGUUCGGAGAACGACGAAGGCCUCCGGUUGGGCCACGGCGGAAAGGGUGGUUCGGUGGGUCAGCAUCAUCACCAUCACCAUCACCAGACGUCCCCUUUUGGACGGCGGCACUUCCCUCGCGAUUCGGGCUGUUACGAGGGUUCCCCGGUGCCGCAGUCCACGCCGAACAGUACCGUUGGCCUUCCGAAUCACAUGUUGCUACAGCAUCACCAGCAGCAGCAGCAGCAACAACAGCAACAGCAGCCGCUGCAACAACUCCUACAGCAACAACACCAUCAGACUCAGCAGCAUGGCACCAGUUUGUCCGAUACGGAUACUAACAAUUUGGACUCGGUGGUAGCGCAGUGUUCAAAUGAAAUUCUGAAGCGAGUGGAAGGUUCUCGACGGUUCAAGGAUGACCCGAAAUUCGUUCUCAGUGGCAGCGGCGUCAAAACGAUGAACCGAGCCACCAAGAAGGGGGGUCUGUUGGGCGGUGGCGGUAACGGUGCCGGGGGAGAUGAUAUGACGAUACGGAGCAGUGGAGGAAGUGGCGGGGGAGGAGCUUUAAGCGAAAAGUCCAGCGAUUCCGGUGUUAGCAGCAGCAGUCUGUCGUCCGGACCGAUGAAGAACAAUCUUUAGCGGCAGUUUCUGCUGGUCACUGGCGAGCGGUAGAUGCAGGGAGGGAGGUGACCGAUAGCCAGACAAGUGAGAUGAGUGGGGGAUUGCCGGGUAAAAGUGGGUGAGUAGUAAAACUUCAUCACGAAAAAAGCGUACUGCCAAACAAAACCAAAAGACGAAUCAACGUAGAGUUGUUAUUGAUAAAUUUAGUACUUUUAAGAUGUUUUUUUAUGGGGAAAACUAACGUAAACCGGCCGUAUUUUCACUAGCAACGACGGGAGCGGUUCACAGCACAGUUUUUUUAUGCGAUGUCUAGUUUAAAUGCCUCUUCAAGAGGAGAUUUCCGUGCAGUCUAUGUUUUGCAGUUGUUACUAAAACAUGCGUUGAUCUACUCCGGCGCAGCAUGCAUUUUGUAUCGCCUGACAACGCAAGCAAAUGUUAGUUUACUAAUAUUUUGUCCUAACUUAAGUCAUGCCUAAGCAACACAAUGAAUCGAUAGCGACGUAGAAACAGCAAGUUGUGAUAUAAUUCUAUCUUUUGUUUGUGGAAAACUUUGUUUUCUCUUUGUUGAAAAAUGAUACUGUCUGUAUAUUUGUGUAAAGAAUCUUUGUUGUGUAAAGUAAUCUGGGUAUCGAUAGAAACCCCGUCAGGUACAAACCAUUAAAAGAUAAGUUGUGGGAAAUCUUUGUGUACAAAUUUGAGCAAAUGCGUUCUGUCUGCUAUGGUUUAGGAAGCCCGAGCUUUGCGUUUUUUAUAAAAUGUUAAAUUUUGUUUCGUGUCCCAGCCGAGGUUUAACUAGCAGCUUGUUUGAUAGAAAACAGAAGAAAAGCAAUAACAGAGUUUAGAAGAAUGUCGAUCGAAGAACGAGUGUUUUUUUGUAAAAAGAACGCAAAUCAUUAGUCAUUUUAAAUCGGCCAAAUCAAGCACGGCUUCAAUGUGUGGAAAAAAUCGAAAUUUAGUAGGACAAUUGUGUAAAUAUUCAAAACCUAUACGAAUAGUAAACAAAUAUUUAGCGCUAUUUGAAGUUAGCAACUCUCAACCUUUCGAACGUAAUGGAAAAUUGACCUUCUUCCAGGAUAAAUCCGCAUCCCAAAUAAUCGUUUAAUGCAAUUGGAAAACAAAACAAAUAUCAGCUCCGUUUAGUGAUACUCUAAUAGUGAAAUAUUCAUUUUCCGGUAGCAUCUAGAAAUCUUGGUGUGAUAAUGAAAACGAGAAAAUCAAUAACCCAGUAGAUACCAUAAGCUAAGCAAUCGUAAACUCGAUGAGAGGGACAGGGUUUCAGCAGUGUAAUUAAACUAUAACUUUUAAACAAAAUUCCAACAUCAAGGGUCGAAUAUUACCGUUUUAGACGUGCUGUUGCCCGGGUCAUCUCAGCAUGGUUGAUUUGUGUAGAGUGUUAGAAGCGUACGCAGAGCAGUAACAAAAUAGCAUCUAAUCCGGUUGAUUUUUGUUGUACCGCAUUAUUCUGUUUCACUAUAUGAGAAAUGAUAGGAGGAAGAAGAAAAAAAAAGAGUUGAUACACCGGACGGAGUGUUGAAAAGCGUUGACGGUAUGUACUUCUAACGAUAACGAACGAGUGGAAGUUUCGAGAGCGGAAGGAAGUAAAUGUGCUGGUUGUAGUAGAAUGACUGCGUAGCUAGAAUUUCUCCAUUGUUUGUACAUUUAUUGGAUUUUGUAAGAAACAAAUUUUAUUAAAUCGAAAUUCCCGUUGUAAAUAAUUGGACAAAAACGUAAUUUAUUGAAGCAAACUAUGCCAAUCUAAAGCCAGAAAAACAAAACGAAUCAAAAAUUCUCUAGCAAACAAAAAAAUGCAAAGCAAAGUUCGAUUAUUAGUCACGUCUAUUCUAACAUGAAAAUGAUGGCAAAAGGAAAAAUAAAUUCA